AUGGCAGCGCCGAGGAAACUUGUGCUCGCAGGAAGAAGAAGAAAAAAAGAUGCGCUUGUGGAGCGUGCAAAUGCGAGGUUCAGGGUCGAGCUCUCGUCCAGUUCCAAGCCUCGCCAGGGUGCAGCGCUCGCGGCCGCGAAAUUUUCGGUGGAAUUUCUGCAAAAAUUUCCGCCCGACAGCGCUCAGAGAGCUCACGUGAUGAAGACCCUGGAGGAUCCCUCGGCACUUUUUGCUGUUCCUGACAAUCCGCUGUCUGCUAUGGGGCCCAUCAACGCACCGCCAUCCAGCUUUGUCAAGCAAAGGCGGAGAAGAAUGACUCCGCCGGGAACACGUUUGCGGAGUCUGCAUGCCAAACAGCACCGGCUUCUCUCGACGCUCAGUCAGGGCAUCCGGGGGAGACGAGGUUGGGACUCCGACGCCGAUGCUUUGGUCGCCAUUCUCAACCCCUGCCUCUUUGGCGCGUCGGGUCCUUUCUCUCAGCCCGGGCUUCUGAAGGAUCUGCAAGUUGCCCCAUUUCUCCGAGCCACAACGACUGUUGCACCUGCGGCGAUGCCUGAGGCGAUGGUUGCCUUCUUUCCGGAUCUCAAAGAGCACGAUGCCGCGACGAGAUUGGCUUCUUUGGUACGGCGUGUGGCGCUACAAAAGCCCAAAGCCAACGGAAGUGAACGCGCGGGCUCGCUGGCGCUUGGCAGCUGCAGCUGUGCAGUGGGGGCGGCGACAGGAACGCACGCGUGCAGAAGUGCGUCGCCGCCAUGCAUUGUUCUCUCUGCCGUGGAAUUCGAAAAGCGCGCAGCCGAGGCGUCAGAAUUGCUUGGAUCGGCGGAUCUGCGACAGAAGAGGGACGCACCGCCCUCAACGCUUGGAAUGGGCAGAGGCAGACUCAACCAGCCUCGGAGUCGCGCGUCGGCUCUGCCAAAUUGGCCCACUGCUGCACUGCACUGCACUUUUCGCCUUGGCCCUUUGUGCCUCGAGUGUUGGUCUCAAAACAUCUGCCGCUCCUCAGCCCACCAGCAGCGACCGGAUGCCCGCCUGCCUGCCUCUUUGAUUUUUUUGCGGCGUCACACCAGCACCACCCCUAUCCCGCCGCCCUCGAGCGCACAGCAGCGUGAUCAGCGUGAGAUGGAGUUGCUGCGAUCUGCGCCCCAAAGGCCUCCUGACGAGGAUUCGGUCCACCAGCACUCUCACCGUCGUCACUCUUUUGACCCUGCACCUGCCAACACCCGCUCUACCACGCCAUCUCCACCGUCCUCCUUCGACUUCGAACAGCUUCAUCUAAACACCCUUGCUUUUGCGUUCCUCACCAGCACCACCAUGAAGUUCUUCUCUGCUGCUGCCCUUGCCCCUUGGGCCCUGUUUGCGCUGUCUAGCGUCGAGUCGGCAUCGGCCGUUCCCGGUAUGGUCAAGCGUCAGUCGAGCUCGUCGUCGUCAUCGUCGGCAGCCUCGGCGGUCUCGCCGCUCACGCCAGGCCUUACCAACGAGGGAUCUCCGCUGCUCAUCCAGUGGGACACCACCACCAACCAGGCUUGGAAGAGCAUGGAGAUCAAGUUCAUGACCGGCUCCAACCAGAACAUGACCGAGCUCUACACGGUCGCCACCGACGUCGACGGCACCUCGGCUGGUGCAGGCAAGCUGCUCUGGACCGCACCCAACGUCGAGCCCAACUCGGGCAUCUACUUUUUCCAGUUCACCCACGACGGCGAGGACCCGACCUGGACCACUCGAUUCGCCAUCGCCGACACCACGGGUGCCGUGACCGCGCCGCCCAACGCCAGGCAGCCCGAGGGCCCCGCGAUCCCCUGGGGCGUGGGCAGGAUCGUCUCUGCCGCUUCCGCCGCUUCGUCUUCGUCUCCUUCGUCUGCUUCUGCUUCGGGAAGCGCGGCUGCCAACACGGCCUCGGCUUCGUCUGCCCUUACCUCGUCUUCGUCUUCGGCCAGCGCAGGCUCUUCGACUUCGGCCAGCACAUCCAGCACCAGCUCCAGCUCCAACUCGGCACAGACGGGCAACUCGUCCGGCUCCAACAGCCAGACCACCUCGGGCUCCACCUCGACCCGCGCGGGCUCGGCUGCGCUCGUCGGCUGUGCCGUCGCCGCUGUGGCCGGAAGCCUUCUCUUCUAG